AUGGAUCUGACAGGCCGUUACGGAAGCGUUGAAGAGGCCAGCCGUCAUCGCCAAAAUGACGACUCUCCCGCCAAUAAGAGAACCCUUAGCCAAACCGCUUUGGUGGAAGUUAUCAGUGUUGAUGAUACUAGUGUGAACACCGAAAGUGGUAAUCCUCUCAAAGAAGAAAACAUGAACGAGUGGAACAAAAAUCAAGUAUUUCUUGCCUGGCUCUUUGUUUGCUUCUCCACUGGUCCUACUUCCUCAAUGAUUAAGGUUUAUAUUCCUGCUGUGAUUCAGUCUUUAUCCCAUGCGCUUGGCCACCAAAAAAACUCUCAGAACAAAUGCACUCCCCGUGGUGACAAUUGCUACGUAAGUUUCGGCGGUACUGACGUACAGUAUUCCUCCUACGUGUUGUAUCUCAAAGCUAUUUACACAGCCUUGGAAGGAUUGAUAGCCAUUUUUGUUAUGGCUUUUGCCGACUACAGCAGCUGCCGAAGAACUAUGUUGGCAGCCUCAGUCAUUUUUUUCGGACUACUGGCUUGCCCUUUUGCCGCGCUCUACAAGGAAUCGAGAGCCUCUUUGAUUUCAGUAUCCGUAUUAUAUUGUUUGAUGCUGAUAGUGGAGACGGUUUAUCAAAUAAUUGAAGGUUCAUACGUCCCAAUAUUUAUGAUUGCUGCCAGUCAGAAAUUGGGCCAAGGUGCACCUUCUCGCGAGUCAGGCGGUGUAGCGUUAAGACGCGGAUCCAAAGUCAGUGCUUUAGGACUGAUAAUGGGUAAUGUCGGAGGUAUUCUUUCACUCAUAGUGGGAGUAAUGAUCACACACAUCGGUGGUUCCUCAAUUUCAGCCGACUACCGUAAUUAUUUGAUCGCCAUCACGGUGGCGGGAUCUAUGACUGUGCUUAUCGGACUAGUCUCUGUGUUCUUCAUACCCAAUAUUCAAGGAAGGGCACUCAAGAUCGAUUCGUCAGGGUCCAAAGCUAGGGUUUUUUUAAUGUUACCAUUCAUUAAACUUAAACAGAUCACAGAGGAUGUGUGGAAGUACAAGCAGGUAAUGAGGUACGUGAUAGCAUGGGUUUUGUGGAAUAUUUCCUUUUCUAACUUUCUUUCGGUGAUAGCUCUCAUGUAUCGCUCAACCCUCGGCUUGAAUUCAUCCAACGCAGAGUACACGGUGUGGCAGUUGAUGGGUAAUAUUGUAGCGCUACUGGGAUCUUUGCUUUGGAUGCUGGUGUACAACUGGCAAUGUCGUCGGUUUUCCGACGCCAAAAAUGUGAUGCUCAUCAAACAAUCACUAUAUAUCCUUCUGUUCUUCGGCUGGUUCGUCAACUUCUGGGGAGCUCUCGGCGCUAACCCUAAUAGCGUGGUAGGUUUUAAACACAGGUGGGAAUUCUGGACUGGCCUUGUGCUGUUUAUGAGUACAAGCAGUGCCAUAAGGUCCCUUAACCGCGUUGUCUACAGUAGUAUGUUACCAAAGGGGAAAGAGAAUCAAUUUUUCGGGCUGGAAAUAAUGCUAGGACUGUUGACGGGCUGGACUGAGCCUCUCAUUAUAGCCGCAAUCAGCGAUCGUACUGGAAAUUUACGAUUACCAUAUGUUCCGAAUACUAUUUUGUUCACUGUGGCCACGGUAUUUUUUUACUCAUGCGACAUCGAGGCGGGGAUGCGGCAAGUUGCGAAAAUAUAG